AUGGACAGCCUGGAGGGAGAGGAGCUCUGUUACCCUCUGCUCCUGAACUUGUCCUGCAGGGGUUUAAUGCGUCCUCGCUCUGAGGCCAUCCUUCUCUACACGCUUUUCUCCUCCAUCACUGUGCUCACUGUAGCUCUCAACCUUAUGGUUAUUAUCUCCAUCUCACACUUCAGACAGCUUCACACCCCCACCAACCUGCUCCUGCUCUCCCUGGCUGUCUCGGACCUCCUCGUUGGGGUUGUGGUGAUGCCGGUGGAAACCGUGCGAUUCAUAGAAACCUGCUGGUUGUUGGGCGAUGUCAUGUGUGCUGUGUCUUACAUCAUAGGCUUCACUCUCACCUCAGCAUCUGUGGGGAACAUGGUGCUCAUAUCGAUCGAUCGCUUUGUAGCUAUUUGUUAUCCUCUGCAGUACCCAAACAAAAUCACUCGCAGCAGAAUUGGGGUGUCUGUGUGUCUGUGCUGGGCCUGCUCAUUUCUCUAUAAUGGCUUGAUUUUAAAGGACCAUCUCAGGCAGCCUGACAGAUACAACUCUUGCUAUGGGGAGUGUAUGGUGGUCAUUAACUAUAUCUCCGGAACUGUCGACCUUGUGUUCACAUUCAUCGGCCCCUGCUCAAUCAUCCUCAUUCUGUACAUGAGAGUGUUUAUUGUGGCAGUGUCUCAGGCUCGUGCCAUGCAGUCUCACAUUACAGCUGCUGCAGCCAGAAAAGUUCCAGUCACUGCAAAGAAGUCGGAGAGAAAAGCAGCCAGGACUCUGGGUGUUGUCAUAGUGGUGUUUCUGAUGAGUUUCUGUCCGUAUUACUAUCCCUCCCUCGCAGGACAGGACAUCUCAAAUGAUGCUUCAUCUUGGGCCAUUGUGUCCUGGUUGUUGUUUUUUAAUUCUUGUUUGAACCCAAUCAUAUAUGCUUUUUUCUAUCCGUGGUUUAGAAAAGCUAUCAGGUUCAUUGUCACCCUGAAGAUACUUGAGCAGGGCUCCUCUCAGGCUAAUAUACUGUAG